GUGCUGGAAUGACUCAUGCAAUAACUGAAGGCAGGACAGCACACCUUAAAAUAGGUGGGUGUUUCUCAUCAAAAUAAGAAAAAGUAGCCAGCACAGUGACUUCCUGCUGGAGGGGACUGAUGACAUUGGAGUCCAUCAAGAAGUAAUUGGACUACUCCCAUCAUCCCUGACCCUUGGGCGUGCUGGCUGGGGCUGAGGAGAGUUGCAGUCCACCACCUGGAGGCCAACAGAUCCCCAUUCCUGCACUACACUAUUCCUGCAGAAACAGAGCCAGCACAGCUUGACCAUCUGGAGCAUUGCACCGCAGUUCAGAUCCUGAAAUCUAAUACAGCACAGUAUCUGCAAAUGCUUUCCAAGAUGGGGAAUGUUUUCUUCAGAUUUAGGUUGGUGUAGGCGGUUCUCCCACACAGGGUGCCAAUCGAGCCGAGGGGGUGCAAAAUAGAGAAGGCCCAUUAUUGAGAAGAUCCAUUUUGCCACUCAGAGAGCCCCAUAUUGUGAAAUACUGCCAAAGGUUUUGUGUGGAUGUUGUACUGUUUGUUUGUUUGUUUGUUUGCCAUUUUAAGAGGCAGCUUGACCUCAGUACUAUAUACUGUACACACUUUCAGUUUCAAACUCUAUUUGCAUACUCAUCCCGACCCUUAACCAUUUUGAGCCACUUCCCAUCUUCCACUGAUGAGCCAUCCCUUCCUUAUCUCCCUCCACGUGGCCAUCUGUCAUGGAGGCGUCCGUUGAGAAUCCUGCACUGCACGUGGUUAGACAGUCGCCCUACAAAUCUACAAACCCACAGACUGCAGCGCAGCCCCGUCCAUCCUCCGGGGGCUCUCCUUGUCCCGAUUUUUCCUCUUAUCUGCGCAGGGCAGAUCGUAGGGCGUGGCUGAGCUUUGGUGACCGCGGAUCACCAACCCACUCCUGCAAAUGCUUGUUUAAUGAACUUCUUAUGCUCUGGAAAUCCAUCACCUUGCCUCCCAGUGCCAUUCGAUGUUCCCCUGUCUAUAAAUCUGACUGGUAGGCUGCCGCUCACCCAGGCAUCCGACGGUGCGUACACAAAAUCCCGUGAUGUCUUUAAGGCGCUGCCGAAAGACUCCCCCUGUUGUUUCGAUGCUUGUUUAGGUUUCAGAGAGCGAGAAGCAAAGGCAAGGAGCCUUGUCCUUGUUUCCAAUCGCUCGGGAUAACAGAAAAAUGCGGAUUUCAUGAGCUACCCUACCCCCACCCCGAAAGACGACUGAAAGCAGCAUAAAACGCCCUCCCCCAUCUUUCCCCCACCCACGUCUCCUUUCUUACCGCCAACGUCUCCGAAAGUUCCGCCGGCUCGCUUCUGCUUUCCGGGCCCGGAUCCCGCUCACUCCAGCCGGUCUGCAGCAAAACCCAGAUGGCAAUCGCGCCCCCUUUCCGGCCGGCGAUGGCUUCCCAGAGAAAGAAGAAAGAGACGCAAGCGAGUCAGACAUGUGCAAGCUCCCGGGGAGCGACCCCUGUGCUUGCAGGCCGGAUUUCCUGAUCGCUUUGCGCUGCUUCGCGUAGCAGCCGCAGUUUCUCGGCAAGUGAAUCGGGGAAAGUUUUUUAAAGGGGAAAGGCAGAAGUUCGUGAUCGUUCAAACUCGUGCUUUCUUUCGUAGGCAAUGGAAAGUGGAGACGGGGUGGGGGUGGGGUGGCGGAAUCAAAUGCAAUCGCUGUGCGACUCUUUAAAAAAUUGCGCUUCAAAUGCUUCUUGCGCUAGGAGGGGAGAAAUAAACGCGAGGCUCAAGUCGUACCAGAAGCUGAGCUAGCAAGGAAAGCAAAGUCCUUCUCGGCAGCCUUUUAUAUAACUGGGUGUUUCUUUCCCGGCUACUCCAUUUUUUAUCCCUCCCACUUGAUUUACGGGUCUCUUCCUGUCAGCAUUAUUUGCGUGGGUACAGAACAUGCUCAUUCCCUAUCUAGGCUUGUUAGAAAGUGCAAAGUGUGUCAUGUUUUAUUUAGAACUUUUAGGUUGGGGUUUUUUUGUACUUUAACGAGCUGGUUACUCCAGUUCUGGCAAUGCAUCUCAGUGCCGCCCUUUGGCUGGCGUCAUUGUGGCUACAUAAGCAAUAGCACUCAGAGAACUGAAUCAGAAUACAGUGGUACCUCAGGUUAAGCACUCAAUUCGUUCCGGAGGUCUGUACUUAACCUGACACUGUUCUUAACGUGAAGCACCACUUUAGCUAAUGGGGCCUCCUGCUGCUGCCACGCCGCUGGGGCCCGAUUUCUGUUCUCAUCCUGAAGCAAAGUUCUUAACCUGAAGCACUAUAUCUGGGUUAGCGGAGUCUGUAACCUGAAGUGUAUGUAAUCUGAAGCAUAUGUAACCUGAGAUACCACUGUAUAGGAUGAAGACGAACUCGGUAAGAGUUGGAGGACAGUUUAGCAUAAAACUGAUUCCUAAAUAUUAGGUUUUAUGUAUUUAUUUUUCAAUUAUGUUUCAUUAUGUUUCAACAUUUUUAACAUAUACAGCCAAAACACUGUACUGUAUUUACAACAUCCAGGUUCGAUCUGUCAUGGAUGCUUUAGCUGAGAUUCCUGCAUUGCAGGGUGUUGGACUAGAUCAGGGUUCCUCGACUCGGCCCUCCAGAUGUUUUGAGACUACAGUUCCCAUCAUCCCUGACCAGUGGUCCUGCUAGCUAGGGAUCAUGGGAGUUGUAGGCCAAAAACAUCUGGAGGUCCGAAGUUGAGGAAGCCUGGACUAGAUGACCCUUGGGUCCUUCCAACUCUCCAUUUCUAUUAACACAAUUUCGUCUUUUCUCUUAUUUUUGUCAACUUCCCACCCCCUUUUUCCAGGGAGCUGUUUUUUUCUCUCCUGCUGCUGCACUCUAUCAGAUUGUAUUUAUUUUGAUAUGUACCACUAAUGUGCCAAAACAGCUUCUAAGCCAUUUGCAGCUAUAAGAUAACACAACCAAGCGGUGCAAGAUUCCAGGGGUUUCAGACGCAGACCCAGGGUUUAUGUUUCCUUUUGGAAUGAGGCACAGCGGAGUCUCUGCUGUCUGUACGAUAUAGGGUUUAUUUACACAUAUAUACAACCUGAGCCUGCAAUGGAGGGUUCAUAGUACUGACCUGCCAAAGGGGUCUUGUUCCUCCCAUAGCCUCAGCCUUGGAUUUAAUUAGAAAUCAGUAAUUGCUCUCCAACUUGCUGCUUUACUUCUGGCCCACAUCGCUGCAAGUCAAAUCUCCUAACUGGUGCCACCUCUGCGUUACACACUGAUAAACAUCAGGACAUGGACCAAACCGUCACGGUUUCUGAUGUGAUCACGGAAUGUCACGCUUUCCCUUGUUGUUGUUUAGUCGUGUCCGACUCUUCGUGACCCCAUGGACCAGAGCACGCCAGGCGCUCCUGUCUUCCACUGCCUCCCACAGUUUGGUCAAACUCAUGUUAGUAGCUUCGAGAACAUUGUCCAACCAUCUCGUCCUCUGUCGUGCCCUUCUCCUUGUGCCCUCAAUCUUUCCCAACAUCAAGGUCUUUUCCAGUGAGUCUUCUCAUGAGGUGGCCAAAGUAUUGGAGCCUCAGCUUCACGAUCUGUCCUUCCAGUGAGCACUGUUAGGCUGAUUUCCUUAAGAAUGGGUAGGUUUGAUCUUCUUGCAGUCCAUGCGACUCUCAAGAGUCUCCUAUAGCACCAUAAUUCAAAAGCAUCAAUUCUUCAGCGAUCAGCCUUAUUUAUGGUCCAGCUCUCACUUCCAUACAUCACUACUUUAACUAUACGGACCUUUGUUGGCAAGGUGUUGUCUCUGCUUUUUAAGAUGCUGUCUAGGUUUGUCAUUGCUUUUCUCCAAAGAGGCAGGCGUCUUUUAAUUUCGUGACUGCUGUCAUCAUGGAGCCCAAGAAAGUAAAAUAUCUCACUGCCUCCAUUUCUUCCCCUUCUAUUUGUCAGGUGGUGAUGGGACCAGUGGCCAUGAUCUUAGUUGGUUUUUUUUUUAUGUUGAGCUUCAGACCAUAUUUUGCACUCUCCUCUUUCACCCUCAUUAAGAGGUUCUUUACUUCCUCCUCACUUUCUGCCAAGAUGUGAAGGAAAUAAGUAGCUAUUCUAUCUCUAAAAGACAUCUGAAGGUUCAGGGAAGUUUUUAAUAUUUAACGCUGUAUUGCUUUUAAUACUUUAUUGUGAGCUGCCCAGAGCGUUUGUUGUGGGGGAGGAAGGGAAAGGAGAAUGUUAGCCGCUUUGAGACUCCUUAAAAGGGAGUGAAAGGCGGGAUAUCAAAUCCAAACUCCUCUUCUUCUUCUUCUUCUUCUUCUUCUUCUUCUUCUCAAAGUUGCGUCAUCUUUUCCUUAGAAUUUCCCUAGUUUCAUCAGAAAUGUUGGAGGGUAUGGAGUUAUGCAAUCCCCAAGCCAAGGAGAUAAGUAACUAAGCAACUUUCAGAAGACAUCUGAAGGCAGCUCUGUAUAGGGAAGUUCUUUAAAUGUUUUAUUAUGUUUUUAUAUAUGUCAGAAGCUGCCCAGAGUGGCUGAGGCAACCCAGUCAGAUGGGCAAUGUAUAAAUAUUAUUAUUAAUAUUAUUGAAUAUGAUGUCCCUGUUUUCAUGAGUGAAAUGUUGGAGGAUAUUCUCACUGUGUAAGAAGAAGCACAACCUAUGAAUAGGGAAGAGACCUUUAUGGAACAUCCGAACGGGCCCUUGGACAGACAUUCUAAGUCCAGUUAUAUUCCACUGUGCUCCUCCUUCUCAAUCCCUUUUUCCUGUACAUCAUCUGUUGUAGGUUGUAAGUCAAAGGGCAUGGCAGGGCCUGUUAGGAUAUUUCCGUUCCACCUUAAAAGGGAGCAGGCUUUGUGAGUCACAGAGUCUGCGUAUUUCCUGUUCACAGGAAGUUUAUGUUUUGUCUAUUGCUUUCGUUUCUCUCUCUGUGUCUGAGACACCGAAGCAGGCAGUCAUGUUUUCUUUGUUCUGACCAACGCUGAAUAAACUUGUAAAUAAUGCUCUCCUGAGUGCAUCUUUCGCUGUGCAUUAUCUGCUGAUAGAGCGUGCAUGAGCUCUGGAAUGUGGCAAGCUAUUUCUGGAAGCUUGUGUCGCUAAUUGAAUGAUACUGCGUGUCUACGGGAGAUCGAUGGACGUCCGGAGGCAGCUUGGGGGCCAUGAUGGACUUUGUCUCCCUGGCAGUAUCCCAACAGGGCCUGCCUGCUUAUGAGAGAGGCAGGCAACUCUUGGCGGCAGAUUUGACCUCUUUUUUCUCCCUUUCCUCCUUCAGCACACAGGGUGGGUCUCUGAAGGAGGAGGCGGUGGUGGCAGGGUGCGUGUGGUUUAUUGUUUUGCCUCAAAUGACAAAAUGUACUGGGUCUGCCAUGGGGCAGGGACUGUCUUAUUACUGAAUUUUGUAAGUGUGACAUAUUUUGGGGUGACCUGUGAGCUUUUGAGCCCUGUGUUGGAGCCAGGAUGGAUAGGUAGAUUUCUGAGUAAAAGCCAGGAGGAUGAGAGAGAUAUUGAGUGGGAAGGGGAGCUAGAAGAUAGUAGCAUCCAUACUCUAUUAUGGUAUUGAUAUCAGUAUGUAUGUAUGUAUGUAUUUUUUCAUGUUCUUUUAAAAAAUAUGCUUCUUAUUAGUUAGUUAACAAACACACACAAGAAAUUAACAAAAGUGAUAAAAUAAUAACAAAAACAUCCAUAAAUCCAUACGUUCUUACAAAAGAACCUAAUGUCACCAUGUUCUUAAUUCCCAGGAAAGUAUUAAGCAUUUCCCCCACCAGCACUUUAGGUGCAAUCAAAUGUUUAGCUCCCCCCACCUUUUCAUUUAUAUAUAUAAAAAACACACUGCACCAGGAUGUCUGUGUCACAUGUGAUUUAGCCUCUAAGAGGAAGUGAGACCAAGUUCCAGAAUCAACCAGAGCAAAUUAUUGAAAAUGGGACGGGAUGGGAAGACACCAAGCUUUGUUGCAAGAUUAGAUUGCGCAAAACAGACAGAUUAGGAAGGCGCAUGAGGAUGAAUCUGUGAGAAGGAGCAGGAAACUGCAAGGUGGUGGAGUGGCAAGACCAACACCCUCUGCUGAAAGCUGUCAAGGGUCUUCUUGCUGGUUUGUGGAGGCAACACAACUGUGCUAUCUACCCAUUUGUCUCUCCACCCCUUGGGCUUUAGCCCAGUAGCAGAACAUCUGCUUGGCAUGCAGAAGGUCGCAGGUUCAAUCCCUAGCAUCGCCAGGUAGGACUGGGAGAGACUUGCAGUCUGAAACCCUGGAGAGCUGCUGCCAGUCAGGGUAUACUAUCCUGAAUGAGAUUGACAUUCCAAAAAUUCUUAAUUUUUUUGCAACCCCACCACAUAUGAAACAGUGUCCCCUCUGCCUGUUUACACCUCCAGCACAUAUUAGAUCUCAUUUUAUACAUUUUGGAUAGUUUGCUGGGAGUUAUAUACCACCUGUAAAACAUCUUCAAAAGAAUUUCUUUUAGUGUAUAACAGGCCGUAAAUUUCCAUUCUUUAUUUUAUUCUUUAUUCCAUAAUCUUUCCCAUGCUGAUAGUUGGAUAUUUUCACCAAAAUAUUUUGCCAACUUAAUCAGAUCAGUUUGUAUUUAUUACCCUUGUAUUGAUUUAUACUCAUUUUUUGUAUAUUUCUGUAAUGCUUGUGUUUUUAAAAUUUGCUGUACACUGCUUAAGAUUUAUUUUGUAUAUUCAGCAGCACAGAGGUGGUCUAAAAUAAAAUUAAAACAAUAAUAAAUUCCGGGAACCUUUAUCGGGCAAAGAGUGGGCUACAGUAUUAAAAAUUAUGUUUAUCAGGUCUGCGGUGGUUAUUGACUUAAUGGGAGUUGUAUUCAUUCAGAUAUUUAAAAAUCAGGCACGGUGCAUGAUGCAAAUUUGAUUAGAUUAUUGUGUAGCCGAAUUUUAAAUCUUAAUGCCUUAUUUUCAUUUGCUGGGGGCCUAUGUCUCAUCAUAAUUCUGGCCUGAUGGGACAGGUUGCAUUUAUAAUUUUACAAGAUCACCUCGUGCCACAGGUUUGUUCAAGGAGAAUACAAGUAGCAGAGUUUGUAAGCGACAGAUCACAAAAUGUAAUUUUGGACUUUGAUCUGAGAGACAUACGAUAUCUUUAUUGUCAUUGUCCCAUGCAGAACAAUGAAAUUGAAAAACUACAUAAAAACAUGAUUCAGUUGAUAGCUUGCUUGCCAAGAUGGCCUUGAACAAAUACUUCAGCCUAUAAAGUUUUCUUUAUCUGAAAUAGGACUUUUAGGAGGAGUACCGGAACAGAUCAGUAUCAAUGCUCAUUGUCAUUUAAUUGCCUCAUAAACAAAUCAGGAAGGAAAAUUCUCAAUGAAGAUCAGACAUAGUCUAACCACUGCAUAGAUUUGUACAAGCAAAUCAGAAUGAAUGCUCAGUAAACUGGUCAUCUGGAACAGUCCAUAGAGGAAUGCCGGUUGAGGCCUCACAGGAUAUUGAGAUUAGGAAGUGUUAUUACCCUUCUUGAGCCUCAUUGUUAAGAAAUAGCACUAUUACUUGCAGCUAUUCUUCUUUACUAGCUGUUUUACCCUUCUUCCAUUUGAUUAUGGAGGUGCUUUAUUGUUGGUUUAACAAAUCAUUUGUAUGUAUGUAUGGUUGCGUGUCAACUUUAGAAAUAAUAUUACAGUUGUACCUCGGUUUAUGAACUUAAUCCAUUCUGGAAGUCCGCUCUUAAACCAAAACUGUUCUUAAACCGAGGCACGCUUUCCCUAAUGAGGCCUCCCGCUGGCGGUGCCCUUCUACCGUUCGGAUUCUGUUCUUAGACCGAGGUAAAGUUCUAAAACCGGGACACUAUUUCCGGUUUUGUGGAGUUUGUAAAUCGAAUCAUUCUUCAACAGGACUGUUCUUAAACCAAGGUACCAAGGUAUAGCAGAACUUCUAGUCCAGAGCUUAGCAACUUAGCAGUGGCUCCUCCUACCAUUAGAUCCUCCUUUCUUAUUUUCAAAGCUGCCUCAGCAAAUCUCAUGAGUCUCAUGAGUCUUCUCAUGAGGUGGCCAAAGUAUUGGAGCCUCAGCUUCACGAUCUGUCCUUCCAGUGAGCACUCAGGGCUGAUUUCCUUAAGAAUGGAUACGUUUGAUCUUCUUGCAGUCCAUGGGACUCUCAAGAGUCUCCUCCAGCACCAUAAUUCAAAAGCAUCUAUUCUUUGGCAAUCAGCCUUCUUGAUGGUCCAGCUCUCACUUCCAUACAUCACUACUGGGAAAACCAUGGCUUUAACUAUACGGACCUUUGCUGGCAAGGUGAUGUCUCUGCUUUUUAAGAUGCUGUCUAGGUUUGCCAUCGCCUUUCUCCCAAGGAGCAGGCAUCUUUUAAUUUCGUGGCUGCUGUCACCAUCUGCAGUGAUCAUGGAGCCCAAGAAAGUAAAAUCUCUCACUGCCUCCAUUUCUUCCCCUUCUAUUUGCCAAGAUGUAAAGGGCCCAGUGGCCAUGAUCUUCGUUUUUUUGAUGUUGAGCUUCAGACCAUAUUUUGCGCUCUCCUCUUUCAUCCUCAUUAAAAUGUUCUUUAAUUCCUCCUCACUUUCUGCCAUCAAGGUUGUGUCGUCUGCAUAUCUGAGGUUGCUGAUAUUUCUUCCGGCGAUCUUAAUUCCGGCUUGGGAUUCAUCCAGCCCAGCCUUUCGCAUGAUGAAUUCUGCACAUAAGUUAAAUAAGCAGGGAGACAAUAUACAGCCUUGCCGUACUCCUUUCCCAAUUUUGAACCAAUCAGUUGUUCCAUAUCCAGUUCUAACUGUAGCUUCUUGUCCCACAUAGAGAUUUCUCAGCAGACAGAUGAGGUGAUCAGGCACUCUCAUUUCUUUAAGAACUUGCCAUAGUUUGCUGUGGUCGACACAGUCAAAGGCUUUUGCAUAGUCAAUGAAGCAGAAGUAGACGUCUUUCUGAAACUCUCUAGCUUUCUCCAUAAUCCAGCGCAUGUUUGCAAUUUGGUCUCUGGUUCCUCUGCCCCUUCGAAAUCCAGCUUGCACUUCUGGGAGUUCUCAGUCCACAUACUGCUUAAGCCUGCCUUGUAGAAUUUUAAGCAUAACCUUGCUAGCGUGUGAAAUGAGUGCAAUUGUGCGGUAGUUGGAGCAUUCUUUGGCACUGCCCUUCUUUGGGAUUGGGAUGUAAACUGAUCUUCUCCAAUCCUCUGGCCACUGCUGAGUUUUCCAAAUUUGCUGGCAUAUUGAGUGUAGCACCUUAACAGCAUCAUCUUUUAAAAUUUUAAAUAGUUCAGCCGGAAUAUCAUCAUUUCCACUGGCCUUGUUAUUAGCAGUGCUUUAUAAUAAAUAAAAUUUAUUAUUAUUAAUUAUUAUUAUUAUUAUUAUUAUUAUUAUUAUUAUUAUUAUUCUAAGGCCCAUUUGACUUCACUCUCCAGGAUGUCUGGCUCAAGGUCAGCAACCACACUACCUGGGGUAUACAAGGCAUCCAUUUCUUUCUGGUAUAGUUCCUCUGUGUAUUCUUGCCGCCUCUUCUUGAUGUCUUCUGCUUCUGUUAGGUCCUUUCCACUUUUGUCUUUUAUUAUGGUAAUCUUUGUAUGAAAUGUUCCUUUCAUAUCUCCAAUUUUCUUGAACAGAUCUCUGGUUUUUCCCGUUCUAUUGUUUCCCCCUAUUUCUUUGCAUUGCUCGUUUAAGAAGGCCUUCUUGUCUCUCCUUGCUAUUUUUUGGAAAUCUGCAUUCAAUUUCCUGUAUCUUUCACUAUCUCCCUCGCAUUUUGCUUGCCUUCUCUCCCCCGCUAUUUGUAAGGCCUCAUUGGACAGCCACUUUGCUUUCUUGCAUUUCCUUUUCAUUGGGAUGGUUUUAGUUGCUGCCCCCUGUAUAAUGUUACGAGCCUCCAUCCAUAGUUCUUCAGGCACUCUGUCCACCAAAUCUAAAUCCUUAAACCUGUUCCUCACUUCCACUGUGUAUUCAUAAGGGAUUUGACUUAGAUUGUAUCUCACCGGCCCAGUGGUUUUUCCUACUUUCUUCAGUUUAAGCUUGAAUUUUGCUAUAAGAAGCUGAUGAUCUGAGCCACAGUCAGCUCCAGGUCUUGUUUUUGCUGACUGUAUAGAGCUUCUCCAUCUUUGGCUGCAGAGAAUAUAAUCAAUCUGAUUUCUAUGCUGCCCAUCUGGUGAUGUCCAUGUGUAGAGUCAUCUCUUGUGUUGUUGGAAAAGUGUGUUUGUGAUGACCAGCUUGUUCUCUUGGCAGAACUCUAUUAGCCUUUGCCCUGCUUCGUUUUGAACUCCAAGGCCAAACUUGCCAGUUGUUCCUUUUAUCUCUUGAUUCCCUACUUUAGCAUUCCAAUCCCAUAUAAUGAGAAGAACAUCCUUCUUUGGUGUCAUUUCUAUAAGGUAUUGUAAGUCUUCAUAGAAUUGGUCGAUUUCAGUUUCUUCAGCACCAGUGGUUGGUGCAUAAACUUGGAUUACUGUGAUGUUAAAAGGUCUGCCUUGGAUUCGUAUCGAGAUCAUUCUAUCAUUUUUGAGAUUGCAUUCCAGUACAGCUUUUGCCACUCUUUUGUUGACUAUGAGGGCCACUCCAUUUCUUUUACGGGAUUCUUGCCCACAGUAGUAGAUAUGAUGGUCAUCCGAACUGAAUUCGCCCAUUCUUGUCCAUUUUAGUUCACUGAUGCCCAGGAUGUCAAUAUUUAUUCUUGCCAUCUCAUUUUUGACCACAUCCAACUUACCAAGGUUCAUGGUUCUUACAUUCCAGGUUCCUAUGCAAUAUUUUUCUUUACAGCAUUGGACUUUCCUUUCGCUUCCAGGCAUAUCCGCAACUGAGCGUCCUUUCGGCUUUGGCCCAGCUGCUUCAUCAGCUCUGAAUCUACUUGUACUUGGGUAAUACUGUGCCCAGCUAAGAUGUUGAUUCAGAGUUUUUGUCGUGGGCCAGGAAUCAGCUUCACCUGUGCACAACAGCCUGAGGGGGGAGUGACUCCACCUGCAGCUGAUCAGCCUUCAGGGAUACGGAGGAGAAGGCUCUGAUGAUAACCAGCCGGCAUCAACCUUCUUAAGCAGAGCUUCCAGCAGCAGUCAGAUGCUGGUGACAACGCUUGUAGUUCCUGGCCAUACCUUUCUGCUUCCUGCUGGUCUUGACCCCCUGAUCAUCAGAUUCCCUGACCCCCUGGACCAUCUAUCUGACCACGCAGAUUGCUGUUCACCCAACCCCAGGACAGCCCCGUGGUUUUCCACGGAUCUGAGGGCAAUGAAACAAUCGUUGAGAUGGCUAGAGCACCGGUGGUGGAUAACUCAUUCUGAAGCUGACCGGACACGGGUUAGAGCUCAAUGUCGAGCCUACCAAGUGGCGGUAGCGACGGCGAAGAAGACUUUCUUCACCGCCUCUAUUGCAUCUGUAGAAAACAGCAGCAAGAGACUUUUUGAGGUGGUUCGCAAUUUAGCGGAACCACCUGCUACAUGGGGGCCAGUACGGGCCACAUGAUCUCCUGCAAUGAUUUUGCAAAGUUUUUUGCAGAUAAAGUCGCUCAGAUUUGGGAAGAGGUAGACUCCACCGUGGGAGCAGGGCUGGGGCGGGAGAGUGCUAGAGUCCUGUCUAGUCAAGUUGCGUGGGAUCAAUUCCAAUCUGUUACCUCCGAGGAUGUGGACAGGCUGCUUGGACGAGUGAAACCAACCACCUGUCUCCUUGAUCCUUGCCCAUCCUUGCUUAUAAAAGCUAGCCGGGAAGGUCUGGGCGAUGGGCUUCGUGGGGUGGUGAAUGCUUCCCUCCGUGAGGGAGCCUUCCCAGACCCGCUGAAAGAGGUGGUUAUUAAACCGCUUCUUUAAAAACCAUCUUUAGAUGCGGCCACGAUGGCCAACAAUCGCCCAGUCUCAAAUCUUCCAUUCUUGGGCAAGGUGAUUAAGCGAGUGGUUUCUGAACAACUCCAGGCACACCUGGAAGAAGCGGACCAUUUGGAUCCCUUCCAGUCGGGAUUCAGGCCUCAUCAUGGGACUGAAACUGCCUUGGUCGCACUGGUUGAUGAUCUCCGGCGGGCUAGGGACAAAGCUAAGAGCUGUUUCCUAGUUCUGCUGGAUCUCUCAGCGGCGUUUGAUACCAUCGACCAUAACAUCCUUCUGGACCGUCUUGAGGGGCUGGGAGCUGGGGGCACUGUCAUACAGUGGUUCCGCUCCUUCCUCCUGGGCCGUGUUCAGAAAGUGGGGGGGGGGAUGAGUGUUCAGACCCCUGGGCUCUCACUUGUGGGGUGCCUCAGGGUUCUGUCCUCUCCCCCAUGCUUUUCAACAUCUACAUGCAGCCUCUGGGAGAGAUCAUCAGGGGGUUUGGGCUGGGUGUUCAUCAGUAUGUGGAUGAUACCCAACUCUACCUCUCUUUUAAAUCAGAACCAGUGAAGGCGGUGAAGGUCCUGUGUGAGUGUCUGGAGGCGGUUGGAGGAUGGAUGGCGGCUAACAGAUUGAGGUUGAAUCCUGACAAGACAGAAGUACUGUUUUUGGGGGACAGGAGGCGGGCAGGUGUGGAGGAUUCCCUGGUCCUGAAUAGGGUAACUGUGCCCCUGAAGGACCAGGUGCGCAGCCUGGGAGUCAUUUUGGACUACAACUGUCCACGGAGGCACAGGUUAAAUCUGUGUCCAGGGCAGCUGUUUACCAGCUCCAUCUGGUACGUAGGCUGAGACCCUAUCUGCCUGCGGACUGCCUCGCCAGAGUGGUGCAUGCUCUGGUUAUCUCCCGCUUGGACUACUGCAAUGCUCUCUACGUGGGGCUACCUUUGAAGGUGACCUGGAAACUACAACUAAUUCAGAAUGCGGCAGCUAGACUGGUGACUGGGAGCAGCCGCCGAGACCAUAUAACACCGGUCUUGAAAGACCUACAUUGACUCCCAGUACGUUUCCGAGCACAAUUCAAAGUGUUGGUGCUGACCUUUAAACGGCCUCGGUCCAGUAUAUCUGAAGGAGCGUCUCCACCCCCAUCGUUCUACCCGGACACUGAGGUCCAGCACCGAGGGCCUUCUGGUGGUUCCCUCACUGCGAGAAGCCAAGUUACAGGGAACCAGGCAGAGGGCCUUCUCGGUAGUGGCGCCCUCCCUGUAGAAUGCCCUCCCACCAGAUGUCAAAGAGAACAACAACUACCAGACUUUUAGAAGACAUCUGAAGACAGCCCUGUUUAGGGAAGUUUUUAAUGUUUGAUGUAUUACAGUAUUUUAAUAUUUUUUUGGAAGCCGCCCAGAGUGGCUGGGGAAACCCAGCCAGAUGGGCGGAGUAUAAAUAAUAAAUUAUUAUUAUUAUUAUUAUAUCUGACUUCAGAUGUGCCCAGGCAAGUAGAUCUCAAAGACUCUUCUAGUUUGGCUGGCUUCCCACUCCACUGAGCUCUGCACUUUGUUGCUCAGCAACGAGACUGUGGAGACAGUCUGGCCUGUUAAGGGCACAUAGAAAUAUUUGAAGAACAAGAAAAGUAGUCACAGUGGAUCCCUACUUUCCACCCCCACCAUGAGCCAGGCUUCCUCCUGAGUUUGGAAUACAAGUGACAGAAGUACUAAUGAGUGAACUGAAUGCAGAACCAAUCAGUUGUUUCCUCCCUCUCUCCAUACUUCAGGUGUUCUAAGUAUGUGCAUAUGUAUGUAUUUAUUUAAUAUCCUCACCCCCGGGAGCUCAGGGUGCUCUCUCCUCCUCAUUUAAUCCCCACAACAACCCUUUGAGGUAGGUAAGGCUGAAAGGCAGUGACUGACCCAAAGUCACCCAGUGAGCUUCAUGGCCCAAUGGGGAUUCGAACCCUGGUCUUCCAGGUCCUAGCCCAGCCCUCUAACCACUGUCCUGUAUCCCCUGUAUUUUUAGAGGCUAAGUGUACAAUUAUUAUAAUACUCCAACUUACUGAUAAUAAACUAUAACAAAUUCUAAAAUAGUGGGGAAAUGCAUCUGGGGAGCUGGCUUAAUGACGAUACUGGUUCUAGCCAGUCAGAGCUGUGCACAACCAACUACAAAUUCGCAGGAAUGGUUACCUUGAGCUCAAGCUGGGAAACAAUAAGUAACUUUAAGCAAAACCUGGUGGCGAUGCUUCUACAGAUUUUGCACCUGCAGGCUGAAGUCUGCCAGUUUUAGCUUUUAGUCCUUACAUCUCUAAAAACAGAUGUUGUAGGAAUAGUUUUAAAACUGGGUAAUUCAAGGCGGUCUUCAAAAGUCAGGAAAUUCUUGAUUUGCUUACCCUUGAUAGAGGUGACGGAUCCUCAGCAAAGCCCUCCAGCUCUUCCAAGUGAACUAUCUUGUUUUGGUUAUUUGCCGCUUCACCCUGCUUUCCGAUAGCUUCCUGACCUAUGACCACUUGGGUAUCAGUCCUCAUCUCUCGCAGAUCUCUUGGAGAACAAGGGGCAAAGGGCAGUGAUAGGUUAUUCUGUUUAACUGUUUAAACAUGCCUGAUAACUGCAGCUGUUUAAGGUGUGUGGGGGUCUGGCUUUCUCAACUCAAGGGCCACAUUCUCUUCUGGGGGCCACGUGUUAGUGCUGAGCAAGACCAGUAAUCUGGCUGCUGUGUUUAAGACCAACUGAAGCUUCUGAGUCAUUUUCAGGGGAGUCCCAUGGGACAGCUCAAUGGUCCCAUUGGGCCCUUACUUCACUGAAAUAUAGUGCACCCACCUCUUCCCCGAAUUCCCACAAACUACCUCAUAUUAUUUUGUGGGGGACUUGCGUGAGGGAAAACUUAAUAAUUUGGAGUCUCAGGGAGGAUUUGUUCAAAAAAACCAAUAAAGAAUUUAUUUAACAAAGGAAGUUUAUGACACAAGUGGGUGAAACAGGAUACUUCAGAUUAUGAUGUUAUUUCACUUCAAUGCUUUCUCAGAUGUUGCACAGCUGUUGCCGCUUAAUACUUUGGUUCUUAAACAAUACUUUGGUUCUUAAACACGGUGGUAUUUUCUGCCAGUUACACACCCCUUAGACAACCCUACUCCUGAGGUACUCCAAGUAACAGACCCAAGGAUCACCACACCCCUCUUAACUGGUUUGGGAGUCUUCUCUUUUUGUAGCAGAAUCUCUCCCCUACUGACUGGAAUGAGACCUAAGUAGACUGUAUCUUUCCAGCUUCUACUUCUCCUGGCUCAGCCUCAGCCUCCCAGUUAAUUCCUGGCCUAAUUACUCCUACAGGACACCACACACUGUCCUUCACACUAAACUCAGAGACUCCUUUCUCUAGCUUGUGAUAUUUUCCUCAUAGUGGAUGUUUCUACCCAGAACCAACUCUCUCUCUCUCCUCUCUGUCUCUCCAAAUCUAACUGUCUCUCCAAAUCCCCUCCUUUUCAAACCCCACCCUCCUCUGGAACCUUGGCCAAUUCUCGGUAGUGGCGCCUGCCCUGUGAAACGCCCUCCCAGCAGAUGUUGAGGCAAUAAAGAAUUAUUUUAGUUUUAAAAGACAACUGAAGGCGUCCCUGUUUAGGGAAGUUUUUAAUGUCUGACACUAUGUUCUUUUUUAAUUCGGUUGGAAGCCGCCCAGAGUGGCUGGGGAAACCCAGCCAGAUGGGUGGGGUAUAAAUAAUAAAUUAUUAUAAUAUUAUUAUUACAUUAACCAUUUGCUGGCCGGGAAAAAGAAAACACUUGGGGACUCAACCUGCCCAGCAAAACCAAACUUUUCCAUCACACCCCACGUGUAGAGCACAUUGCAAUAAUCCAAUCUGGAGGUUACCAGUGAAUGGAAUACAGCAGCCAAGUUACCUCUGUCCCAAAGAGAGAACCUUUGGCCUCCGGGCCUGAGGUUCACCAUCCCUGGUUUGAGUGGCAUGAGCAAAGUCUAAGAAAGUUACAGGGUUAGUGGCUGAUUAAGAGCAUGCAUUACAAAACUACACCCACCUACACAGUAAGAGAGACGAAUACCCCAGAACACAAGAAUAUGAUCAUUAUGUGGACCUGAGUUGACACUGGUCAACCUUUGGCUUAUGUGACUGUUCAAUUAAACUCCACCCUCCAGCAAGGCAGCUAAGGUUAUAUUUUAAUCACAUUCUGUUUGCACAGUGCAUCAGCGAUAAAGUCGGAGAACAAAUGCAUAAAUGCUCUUAUUCUUUUCACAUAGCGCAAGCCUGGCCUUCUGUUUCUUCUUCCUUUGCUCACUGGAGAAACAAAGAAAGGCAGACGCGGCAAAAAUGAUCAUCGUCAACUGAACGAAACAACUUUUGAGAAAGAAGAAGCAACAAGGUACUGUAGAGAGAAUGGGCCUUGCAAACUCUAAGCAGUUUAAACAAGCCCAGAUUCUAAUGCUUGGGCUUGAUUCAGCCGGGAAAUCCACCCUCUUGUAUAAGCUGAAAUUUAAUGAUGUCUUCCAAACUUUGCCAACCAUCGGUUUCAACGUGGAGAUGCUUGAAACAGGGAAAGACAUUGCCUUAACCAUCUGGGAUGUUGGGGGCCAACACCAAAUGAGGCCUGCUUGGAGCAACUACUUGGAGAACGUGGAUAGCCUGGUCUAUGUUGUGGACAGCACAGACAACCAGCGGUUGGAAGAGUCCAAGAAAGAAUUGGAGCUUCUUUUGAGGAAUGACAGGAUUAAGAACGUGCCUGUGGUUGUGCUAGCAAACAAACAGGAUCUUCCUGGAGCUCUAAGUGCUGAGGAAAUAACCAGGAGGCUGAACGUGAAAAAGCACUGCCACGAUCGAAACUGGUACGUACAACCCUGUUGUGCAAUUACAGGUGAGGGCUUAUCAGAAGGGUUUCGAAAAGUGACGUCCUUUGCAAAAUCCUGCAUGAAAUCUAAACAAGAAGCUUUUGCUCUUUUCAAGCAAGAUUAACAUACUCUAUUCUGAUGCAAGGGAGAACAGCCAUGCAAAGCUGACUGGGGCAGAAAGUCAGUCAUUCAAUGGAAUAUCUGGUGCUGUUUUUCGGACUUUUCUAAGACAGAACAUAUUCAUCCCAAGCCAGUUUACUGUUUUCAGAGAUACUAUUUUGCUGCAUUUUAAUGAAUAAAUGCAAUUCCCAACUUCAUUGCUUAUGAAACUGCAUAAAACUGGACUGGAAUGUUCUUGAAAUUUUAAAUAUUUGGUAGCCAUAAUAAGAGUGGUAUAACUGCCAAAGAAAACUAUGCAACAGUUGACUGGAGAAAGUUUGAAUGCAGUCCGAGUUCCUGUACCCGCAUGUUAUUAGCCUUGUUUCAAAGUGUAUAUAGUUAACCUAUUCUGCUUCCCAGUCAAACUCUUCUCUUAAAUAAAUCCUUAAUAUAUUCACUUUCAUAUAUAUGAAAGGGUUAUAUUGGGAAGGGAUAGCCUUCAAGUGUGAAGGGUGGAUGAAGAGUAGUGAUGUGAGGUGAGAAUAUUCUCCAGAGAAUAUUCUCCACAAACUGUAAAUUCUAAUGUAAGAACCAGUUUUACAAUCCACAUUAAAAAAAACUAGUAAAUAAUAAGUCAAGCUGUGAUAUUGCCAGUGUAAGUAAUGAAUAAUGAUUUUUUUUUAAUCUAGUUACAUUACUGGGUAUUGUGUCAUUCACCAUUGGCAGUUCUGAAAUGUGAGCUACAGAAAACAUUUUUUUAAUAUAGUUUUAAAAACACCAUUCAUUUAAUUUGAUGAACAUUUGAAUUCAUAUGUAUUUCAGCUAUAUGUAAUAGCCUUUUUUCUAAUUUAGUGUGACCUUAUUCUUAGCAAUUCUAUACCCUUGGCCAUACAGUGUGAUUUUUUUUUUUAAUACAGAAAGUAGCUUUAAUGCUUUGUAUACUUAAAGUACCUAGGCCUAUAGAAUUAUGUGGAACAGCAUGUGAGGUAGCCUUGAUUUAAACAGUUGAUGUUUCUAUAUUUUUAUUCAGUGCCAGUAACUGUUUUUUGAAGUGCCAUUAAAUAGUACAAGGUGCCAUUUUCCAGAGAUUGACAGAUGAUCAGUGUGGAACUGAAAGCUCUGUUACCAGUGGAGACGAAGAUGGUGACUUGUCCUCUUAAGAUGUUUGAGGAGUCAAUAUAAAUUUAUAAACAUUUGAGACUUGUUACUUAAUGCCUAUUUUUAAAAUAAAUUUCUUUCUUGUGACAAUUUAUCAGUUAUAAUUAUAAUUUAAAUAUGUUGUGUGUUGCCUUACUUGUCUAAGUAGAUAGUGAUUUGCAUUUCUGAUGUUAUGUAACUUGUCAUUACUGAUUGUGUUUUAUUUUAUGGAAAUAGCAUUUAUUUUAAACUUUAUAUUGAUUUUAUUAGUGUUGCACUGAAAAUACUGUACCAUGUAGAUAUGCUUAUUAAAGAACGUACUCAUGUAGCAG